AUGAUCCAGGCUGUGGAUGUUGAUUGUCGUGGUGAAGCUCAUGCAUGCAGAAUUCAUGAUGUUAUGUUUGAACUGGUUGCAAUGAAGUCAUUCGAAGAGAACUUUGUUACACUUGUAGGCGAUCGCUGGGGUUCAUCCACACAACGACGUAACGUUCGUCGGCUAUCACUGAGCUCUAGAACUGGAACAGAUGGUUUUGACUUGUCAAGUUUUGAUAUGUCUCACGCCCGAUCAGUGACAAUCUAUGGGGAUAUUCGUUCCAUUAAUUCUAUUUCAGAGUGCAGAUUCCUGAGGAUGUUAGAUUUUGAAUGCUGUGAGGGUGUAGACAAUAGGCACCUGAAGAAUAUUGGUGAUUUGUUCCUCCUGAAGUACUUGAGUCUAAAAAGCACAUGGAUCAGUGAGCUGCCUAUGCAGAUUGGCGACUUGCAAUGUCUGGAGACCUUAGACUUAACACAAACAAAUAUAAGGGAGUUGCCAAAGGAAGUUACUCGAUUGCAGAAGUUGGUACAUUUACUUGCUGGUGGAGCAGAACUACCCAAAGGGGUUGGGAAUAUGAUGUCUCUACAGACAUUAUGCAUCAGGGCCGCCAGUAAGAGAUCUAGGAAAGCUAUGGAAGAGUUACUUAGGCUAAUCAAUUUGAGAAAACUUGACCUGUCCUAUGUACACCCAAAUUAUGAGAGGCUGGAUACUCGUUUACCUUUGGUAAUUAGUAAACUUGGCAACUGCAAGCUCCAAUCACUGCAUUUGAGUUUGUUAGGUGACUCUAUGGGUCCAUUCCUGGAACUCCACUCGUCUCUAUCUGCACCUCCUGAUACACUUGAAAGCCUAAAAAUAAAAGGCGAGUACGGCUUUCUAAGAGUGCCUAAGUGGAUUUCAUCACUCACUUACCUCACUGAUCUGGAGCUAACUGUUGCAGCAAUGGACGAGGGGGUACUUGCAGAAUUACCUAGGCUCAUCCGAUUUCGGCUCACCGUAAAGGAGCCAUCCGCACAAGGUGUCACCAUCCAGGAAUCUUGUUUCCCUAGUCUCAAGGAGCUUUUAUAUCAAUUGUAG